UGAAACCAAUCAAAGUUUGAAGAAAUAGAAGUUCGGGCAACCUGUUAGCCGUGAAGUUAGGCAAUCACACAUGCUGUCGCCUUGAUUCCGUCGUCGAGGGAAGUGACCAUCUGUGCGACUUCCCACGAGCGCCACUACUCUAGGGUCGGUUGGCGAUCUCGGCGCCAACAGCUGGCGGCUCAUGCUGCUGCUGCUGCUGCUGCUGCUGCUGCUGCUGCUUCGGCCGACGAUGCUGUAAGCGAAGUUUUUGACGGAAUUGCCGCUGGCGCUGCCGCUAGCCAGGCCAGGUUCCCUCGUUCGCUGCAGUAGCACGCGACACCACUCGUGGCCAGGACGCAUGGCGGCCGCUGUCCAGGGAUCUUUCGCUUUUUUGUGCCUUUUCUUCAGCUGCUGUUGUGAAUCCCUCGCAAAUGGUCACGCUGACUACAACAUCAGCAACCAGACGACUAGAGAUGGCGCUGGGAGCUACAAAAGUCGACACGACUUCUCCAGUGUGGGCAUCAUCGUCGUCAUCGUCUGCACUUCUGUAGGCGGCAUCGGCCUCAUCUACGCACUGCUUUACCUGUGCAAGGUAUUUUGCUGCGACAAGAACAUACCACCUGUGUCAAUAAUGAUCGAUCCAGACGAGAAAUCCAAAGACGGUGGACGGCUGACCGACCCGCCGCCCCUUUAUGACGUCACUGUUGCCGUUCAGCCUUUCUCCGACUCUGCUGCCGUUUCCAGUCUCAGCUCCUGUCCCAGAGAACAGCCCGAUCAGCAAGUCACUUCCUGUCAGCUGUUGACGCAAGCGCAGUCGGGACGGGCUGCAAAGGAGCAGCUUCAAGCGAAGAGCACUGCAUCCCAGCAUUCCCUGCCUUCUCGCACGGCGUCACACGAACUGUAUCCAGUCCCAGCGACGGCAGCCCCCCGCAGUCGGAGACUGACCAGCUUUAGCCCCCUCCUGUCUUCCUCUGUGUUGCGCAAUCUUCUUUGUUCCUAAGCAUCGACGAGGAGAAGUGUGAUGACUGCCGAGCACGUGUAUCCUGAUUCUCUACGUGUGAUAAGUUGUCUGUCCUGUGUCGCUUCAUAGACGGCGCCGCUGCCCACCUUUUUUUAAAUUGGGCAGGAGGUACCCGAAACAGGUCUCUAAUGAUCGCAGCCCCUAACUGAGAGAACAGAAUGUAGGCAAUGGAAGUCAAACUUCAAACACGUAAACUGGAUUCGUAACUUCAGAAGUAGGAUUGGGUCUGAGGACCCGAUCAGUCGGAAUGUAGUGUGAAGUGGGCUUUAUGGAAGAACGCUGGCUGGGAGGUGACUGGCGAAUGGGAGGAAACAAGCAAUGUUCGGAUCAUCAGUUGAGCUUUGACACGUACAACCGUAGCUUCUCACAUGGCUCUUGUCCAAGUCUACGUCAACUGGCAAUCAAUGAUCAACCCAGAACUGGUCCGGAUCAGGAGACUCCUGUCUAAUCAAAAACAAAAAAACAAACAAAAGCAGAAAACAAUACGAUGGCUGUUACUGAAUUUUCGUGAAACGCUUUUUUUUUUUUUUUUUUUUUUUUGCCAUGUGUGUUGAAUGUUAUGGCAAUUGUGGGGAAAAGUUCAGAAGUAACUAUGACUUUAAGUAGUGUUGAAUGCGUGAGGUGAGCGAGAAAGCACCUACUGUCUGACCAACGGACAGCAAAACGUGACAAAUGGACAAUUCUGAAUAAAAUACACUCCAUGUUUUGGACAGAAAGGUAUUUGAAACCCACCUUGGAUUAAAAAAGUGUUGCUCUUUUUUGGGUAAGGACUAUCUCUCAACUUCCUACCGAACUGUGGAAACACUCGGUACCAGAACUCCAAAUUCCAACUACCCAAAAUAGGAGAAAGACAAAGGAAGCUGACAUCUUAUGUCACAACGCGAUUUUCACAUCUGUCAACGUGAUUGUCUUAUCUGCCAACGCGAUUGUCACAUUUGUCAACCUGAUUGUCCCAUCUGUACGUGCUUAAUCUUCGUUCGCAUGUCUGUUGUUUUGAUUUCGUGCGCUUGGGUAACGUUCCAUUAGCGACAUAUGAGAACUGUUAUAUUUUUGUUUAUUUGCUUUUUCCUAAGUGUAAAACGAUAAAAAUGAGAUUCUCUUUGUCUAAUACAAAAAAAAUUGCUAUUGGUUUUUAUUGCCUCCUGACAUAUUUUAGCUGUUUAUCCGAUUACUGUUUUUGUGCGGUUGUGAAGGAAUCAAAGGUCUGUAUGCAUUAA